GAUAGAUGUUGACUUUUCAAGAUCCGAAUUUCUCGGAUUCAAAUAUUUCCACAAAAUUAAGUUUAGGAAGGAAUAAGUUAACCGUUACAUAUUUAUGUCAUUAUCGGUACGCGUUGUAAUUAUCAUUGAGGUCACGUGUUGUGUACUUAAUUGUACUGAGUAUUAUUAAUAAUAAGUGCGUAUAUUACCUAUUGAAGCAGUCUACUUGGCAAACAACUGUAACUUCGAUUCUUAACGUAGAUGUAUCAUAAGCGUCAUUUACAAGAUCAAGAACUAUACAAUUUUUUUAAUUAUUUUGAUUUUAAAUAAAGAUAAUACGACUUACGUAAUGAGAGUGUUAAUAUCAAUUUUAUAUAUUCCAUCGAAGGGUUAAGAGUUAAUCUUUCAGAAACAUGUGUGAUUUAGCAAAGAAAAUGAAAGAUUCAAGUGUUAAGAACAAUGUGCAAAAUGAAUCAACAGAUGAGUUUUGUCAAAAACAAAGUGCCGAUAAGAAAGAAUCUAUAUUAAAAAGUACAAAUGAAGAUGUUCAACGAGCAAUUGAAGGUUUAAAGGAUAUACCAGAUGAGGAACUUCAAGAAUUUCUUGACGAUGAAGAUUUUAUGGAAGGGUUAGAUGUUGUUGAUGCUUGGGAAGGUGAUGAAGAAAAAAGUCGUGAAGUUGAAUAUAAAACUACUCAUAAUAAGGAUCAAGAACAAAAGCGUCUUUCUAGGGAGAGAUAUCGGCGUGACUACAAAGGAUCUUACAACCGUGAAAGGCCAAAGAGAGAAGAAAAGAAACAUGAAGAAAUCCGUCGAGAUCCUUCCAAAAGCACAAAAGAUAUAGAGAGGGAUAAGAUACGUACAAAAAGAGAUAAUGAAAGUAAACUUUUGGCUGAAAAGGAAAAAGCUAUUAAACAUUUGCUAGACUCUGAUAAUGUUGUACCUCCAGGUACAGAAACUGAAGCCAUUCAGAGCAUCACAGAGAGACAAAAUAUAGAUCAAGUACAGAUGCAUAUCCGCAGAAGCCGAGAACGUCGUAGAAGUUUAGAACGUCAAAGAGGAAGCUCAUUACGGCGUAGAACUCCAGAUAGAAUUAGAUUAAAUUCUCCUCGGCGAAAAUCUCCGUUGAUGUUAAGUCCAGAACGUUGCAGAAGUCCUUUCAAGAUGAGUAAUGAAAGGCAUAGAAGUCCACUAAGAUUUAGUCCUGACAAAAGAAGAAGUCCAAGAUUUAAUUGUACUCGUAGAAGUCCUUUUGGAUUCAGUCCAGAACGACGAAGAAGUCCAAUUAGACGACUUAGUUGGGAACGAAGAACAAGCACAGAUAGAAGAUGGAGCGCUGAGCGACACAGGAGACGUAUAAAUGUACAUGAACGCCGAAGAAGUCGAUCUCGUGAUCGACAACGAAGUCGCAGUAUGGAACGACUUAGAAGAAAGGCCAGCCGUUCACCAAUUAGUAGACGUUAUAGUCCUCGCCGUCGAAGUCGAACUCGAAGCAGGUCGUUGGAACGUCGAAGGAAACGAUCCCCCUUUAUUAAUGAACUUACAAGACAACUAAGAAGUGAAGCUAUAAUGACAUCACAUAUGAAUACUGGAUAUACGCAUUCUUCGCCUAUGGAUGGCAUAUCACCUCUACUAAAUAAUGUAUAUCAGCAAGAAACAGAACCUAGACCAUCAAUAUCGAUGCCAUCUUACAUUCAUCAAAGUGGAUUAGCACCACCAAUGCCAUCAAAUAUAACUGGUGGUGCACCAUUUAUGAAUUUUGAAAAUUCAUCUCAAACAUUGAAUUUUGAUUCUGUACCAUUACAUUCAUUACCUCAAACUGAAUAUGUAUCUGGUCCAGUAAUGUAUAAUCAACCAAAUACGAGUUCAAUUCAGCCAACACAUCGACCAGCACUUCUUCCAGCACCAAUUUCUUCACCACAACCUGAAUCUGCUGCAUCUACUGUGGAACAUGUACAAGCAUAUAAUUCAUCACAUGGUAUUUCUUCCACUCGUCAAUCUCCAGUUCAGAAUUUUGAAUUUUCAAAUAAAUCUAAGGAUACAGUCUCUCAAAACUACAGGGACUGUAGAUUUACAGAUUCUUAUAAUGGAUACCAUGCUUCACAAGAAGAACGAUUGAAGACUCCUGAACCACCAGUCAUCUCAGAUACAAAACAAUUUGAAAAAACGAGUUUAUCCAGCUUGUUGGAAGCAUCUGUUUCCGCUAAAGAUUCAACUAGUCUGCCAGUCUUGUAUCCAGGAUUCAAACCUGAAAUAUUACGUCACUGUGAACAUGCUCUACGCGAACUUCCUAUGGAAGAUCUUCGUUUAAAAAUGAAAGGGCGAUUUUUCUAUGACCCAAAGAAGGAAAAUAUACAAAGUGAACAAAAUGUGUAUUCAUCAAAUUCCAUACUUUUGCAAAAAAGUAAAAGCAAAAUAUAUUGGGAAGAAGAAGGUCAACAACUUACUUCCAUGAAGCAAAAUAUACAAAUGCAUCAAAAAAUUUGUCAAACUGAUGAAGUGGAGACAAAUACAAAAUUUGUUCAAGCAAGUGUUACUAUGGUAGAUUUUGAAGUACAAGUAUAUCCUCAAGAUUUACAAUAUGCUGUUAAAGAAGAAAAAAGACCUAUCAUGGACCGUUUAGAUUGGAAUGUGCGUGAAACAUUUGAUUAUACACCUAAAUUUCGAGAGGCUGAUGACUUAAGAUGGAGUUUAAGUAAUUCUUCUCAAAAAAGAACUUGGAAUAGGACAAUAUCACCACCUAGAAGGAUUGAUGACCGUGAACAUCGUACAGAUUCUGUAUCUUCCUUAGAUCAUGGUUCAAGAAAUAUGAAAUUAGAUUCUCCAGUAAGAAACAGGGAUAAUUUCUCCAGUCAUAAAGGAUCUUUACGUGACCAUUAUGUUCGCGAAAGAUACUCACCUAAUUAUAGGCAUUCUUUAGAAGAACGUGAUGAAUUUCAUGAAAAUAGAAGUGAUCAUAGUCGUGGUGAAAGUCCAAUGAUGCUAGAAGAUUCUGCAGAAGAAAUAGAAUUGGAACACACAUUCCAAAGAGGAGCAGAUUGGCAUGGAAGAGGAAAAUUAUCAAGAGGUAGAUCAAGUCCACUUAUAAAACAUGUGUACAGAGGAAAGCAUUCAGGUGGAAGAUCAUAUCGGGGCCGAGGAAAUUUUCGUGGAAAAUUCUAA